GUUGGCUUCAUCAUAACCCCACUUGUCACCAAACACAAUGCCACACCACUCCAUUCGUAGCAGCUGUGGAUACAGAAAUUUUAGCUCAUCCUCAGCCUGUUUACCCAAGAAUGUGAGCAGAUACAGCGUCAGCUCUGUCUCUUCAAGAAGAGGGGGCAGUUGUGGUGCUCAACUGUUACCAAAUUUCAGCAGCAGAAGUGCCUACAAUGUCGGUGUUGGAGGAGCUCAAAGGAUGUCAUUUGGUAGUUGUCAAGCUGGAAUGAGUGGAUAUGGUUAUGGUGGUUCCAGUUCUGGCUGUGGUUUUGGGUCCGGUAUUGGGUCGGGUGCUGGAUUUAGCCUUGGUUUUGCUGGCUUUGGACCUGGUGGAGCAUUUGCUCAUGGAUCCAUUACACCAGUAACUGUAAACCAAAGCCUUCUAACACCGCUCAAAUUAGAUGUUGACCCAGACGUCCAGAGACUUAAAAAAGAAGAGAAAGAACAAAUCAAGACUCUAAAUAACAAAUUUGCAUCAUUUAUUGACAAGGUAAGAUAUAGUAGAUAUACUCACACUUGAGUUGAGGAUGAACACAUUUCUUACGUCCUCCUUAGAUUGAGUAAUUUAAGCAGUACUAUAUUUCAACUACUAGUAAAAGUAUUGUGUUUUAUAUAAUGUUUAAUUUCUCUUGAUAUUUAUAACAAAAACAUAGUAUUUUGUAUAAUAUAAAUUAAACAAUUAGCUUAUUUUAAGAAAAAAUAACAACAAAGUAGUAAUAAUUCAAACAAAGAUAUGUUAAUAUGGAUGCAUGUGUCAAUGUGAUUGUUGUUCUAGGUACGAUUUUUGGAGCAACAGAAUAAGAUUCUUGAGACGAAGUGGUGUUUUCUGCAAGAGCAAAAAACAGCCAAAUUUAAUUUUGAGCCGCUAUUUGAAGCAUAUUUGUGCAACCUCCGAAGACAGCUCGAUUUCUUAGGAUCUGAGAAAGCUCGACUAGAAGGAGAAAGGAAAACUAUGGAGGAUUUUGUAGAUGAAUUCAAGAGAAAGUAUGCAUAUUCUUUACCAUGACUUAAUAUUACUUAUUAAUUAAUCAUUAAUAAUUAUUUGUUAACAUUAGUGUGCACUAAACAUUGUGAAAAAAACAAAGAAUACAGAGUUCUUAAAUUAAUUCAACAGGUAUGAAGAGGAAAUCCAUAAGCGGACAGCUGCUGAAAAUGAAUUUGUAGCACUUAAAAAGGUAUUUAGGAAGAAUGAACAAGAAUAUGAACAAGAAAUUCUAAAAUCAAAUUGAAUGUUUUCUUGAUAUUAAUUUUUUUUUCUCUCCAAAUUGAUUUACAGGACGUUGAUGCUGCUUUUCUCAAGAAAACUGAAUUACAGUCAAAGGUGGACUGUUUGAGUGAUGAAAUUGCCUUCUUGCGGUCUCUAUAUGAAAUGGUAAAAAUAUAUACAUUUUUUCCCCUAUGUUUAAAUAUUUACUUGUAAAUAUGAAUAAAUACUAAAUAUUUUUUUUUUCUAGAGGAAAUAUAGUAACCUGUAGUCAUGGCAAAGUAGGGUACUAACUCAUCAUUUAAAUUGUGUAUGAGAAACCAUUUUAUUUGCCAAAAGAUGACAUACACUUUUUUGUUUACUUUUAUUAUGUACAAAACAUGCUAUUAAAUUAUAAAUGGUGUGGUGUGUCUAGCAUUUCUUACAAUAAGUAAAUUCAAAAGAUGAACAUAAAAUGUUCUAGGGCAUUUUCAGAACCAUAUCUUUGAUUAAAUUUUUCAGCCAAUCUGGUUAUUUGACUACCAACGUUUGCUUCUAGAACAAUCUAUGGUGUGUAGCCUUUGGAGCCUAGAGUAAAAUACAUUGACUUUUUUUCAGUUUUUGCCUAAUGAAAAAGCAUCGGGAAAUUUGUUAAAGUGCCCUGUUCUAAAACGUGGUGCAAAAAUGUAAACAUUGAGUAGCAGGCCAUAGAAUGUGCCUGCCGGAUGCACUGGUUUAUGUAGUAAUUGUCUUAGUUUUAGUACUUUAGAACUUGGUUUAGAACAUAGCACUUUUAGAAUCUCACAGACAGUCUUUAACCCCUUAAGGACCAAACUUCUGGAAUAAAAGGGGAUUAUGACAUGUCACACAUGUCAUGUGUCCUUAAGGGGUUAAAUAUGAUACUUAAAAAAUGAAAACGUUAAAAUUAUUAAAGGAGCACUAUAGUGCCAGGAAAACAUACUCGUUUUCCUGGCACUAUAGUGCCCUGAGGGUGCCCCCACCCUCAGGGACCCCCUUCCGCCGGGCUGGAUGGAGAGGAAGGGGUUAAAUUUACCUCUUUUUCCAGCGCUGAGACAGCCACUAGAGGCUGGAUUAACCCAAAUAUAAACAUAGCAGUUUCUCUGAAACUGCUAUGUUUAUAGAAUAAAGGGUUAACCCUAGCUGGACCAGGCACCCAGACCACUUCAUUAAGCGGAAGUGGUCUGGGUGCCUAUAGUGGUCCUUUAAACAGACACUUCUUUCAGGAUUUUGGAUCUAGUGGUAAAAAGUAAUAAAAGUGAUAUGGCUUGUGUUUUUGCAGGAAAUAUGCCAGCUGCAGUCUCAGAUCUCAGAUACUUCAGUGACUGUGACCAUGGAUAACAACCGAGAUCUGAAUCUGGAUGGAAUCAUUGCUGACGUUAAAGCUGAGUAUGAAGACAUUGCUAAGAAGAGCAGAGCUGAAGCUGAGUGCUGGUAUCAAUCAAAAGUAGGUCUUAUUACCUUCAAUUAGAACACAUUUCUCUCAAACAAUCAAUACACAGCUCAUGGAAAACUACAUUUAGUUAUAUCUUUCUCUUUUACAAAUGGUGGGUCACAAAUCAUAACAUGUAAGUGUUCAAGCAAGCACCCAUCAACUCUGCAGAUGCUUUUAAAAAAUGUCGAGCACGUAUACACAGUUUGUGUUUUCUUGUCGAAGAAGCCCUUCCCUCCAAUGAACACUGGCAAAGCAUCAUGGCAGUUUAAGUAAAAUACUAGCUUAGAAUCAACCAUUGGCCAUCACUGGCAUAAGAAAAACAAACAUAUUGGGCAUUUAUAUAAUUGAUUAAGUUGCAGAGGUGUUAGGGAGAGCAUUUCUGAAAAUUAUGGAGAUUGGUAGCAAGAAAAGGCCAUGCUUGUCCUUAGAUAAAUAAUAAAAAUCAUACAGCACUUGCUGGUCUUUAUAUUUUUGAGUAUAUGAAAUCUGCAAAAUAUGUUUAGUCAAACAAAUGUUUUUUAAACCUCCAUAGUAACUGUCUUGGUUGUAUCUCUACUGUGGAACAUAAAAACUUUCCUGCAUUAAUAUAUUCAAUUCCCUACAGUACGAGGAGUUAAAGGUAACUGCAGGCAAACAUGGAGAAGAUUUAAGAUGCACCAAAAAUGAAAUUGCUGAUAUGAACCGACUCAUUAAUAGAUUGAAGGGGGAGAUCGAAAAUGCCAGAGCACAGGUAAAGUCACAAUAUUUAAAGAGAUCAUUAGGAGAAGUGGAGAAAAAGUUAUGUCACAAAUUAUUUACAGUCUGGCAUGUGACAGUGUUAUAAUUUGACUUAUGACCACUGUUUAUUAUACUAAAAUUUAAUAUGUUUCUUGCACGUAAGUAAACUUUUGCCAUUACAGUUAUAUUGGAAUAAUAUCAAUUCACAUAUUGAUUGAAUAUAUUUAUAUCAUUUUCCCUUUAAUUAGUCAAGAAGGAAUUAUCAGAAAACAAAAACAGUAUUUUAAUUCUAUAAAUUAAUAAAAAAAUAAUAUAAUAUGGAUAGAAGAAAUGCACAACAAAUAUAUGAUUAAUUCUGAACACAUAAUAUUCUACAAACUUAAGAAUUAAAUAGAGAGUUACUUCUAUCCAGUUUAUAAAAUCCAUUUGUAAUCCUUUUAGAGCAAAAUGAGAUAUGGAAACAUCCUGGCACCGGACAUUUUAAUCUUUCCUUUUAGUAUCUUGAAACAUGAUUAAUCUAGCUUUGUUGCAGACUGGUAUUAGUGCCAUGAUUUCAGGGUAGUGCCAGUACAUAAACCAACAGUGAAUGAAAGCAUUCAUUACUGGAUCAGCAACACAACAAUGAAUGCGGAUACAAUUAAGAUGAAAUGAAAGUAUCUUAAAGCAAAACAUAUUUAAAGUAAUUCUAUAGUUUAUAUUUUUGAAAUAUUUAGAAUAUUUUAGAAUUAGCUUUUUUUUUUUAAAGAUUUUAUUAUGGUUAAAAUGAAAGCAUAAUGGAAAUGUAAUACCAUUUGGUUUACACACCGUCCACUCCUCUUGUUUAAAAUUAUUUUAGCGCAACAAACUUGAAGCUGCAAUUUCAGAAGCAGAGGAUCGUGGGGAAAUGGCUGUCAAAGAUGCAAAGAACAAACUUUCUGAAUUGGAGGAUGCCCUGCAGAAAGCCAAGCAGGACAUGGCUUGCCAACUGCGAGAAUACCAGGAGCUGAUGAAUGUGAAAUUGGCUCUGGAUAUCGAGAUCGCCACCUACAGGAAACUCCUGGAAGGAGAGGAGUGCAGGUUUGCACAAAGUAGAAUUUGCAAUGAAAAUAUAUUAUUAGAAUACAUUAACGUCAGUGGGGGGGGGGGAAAUCAUGAAUAUAUUAUGUUUUAAAUUACCUCUAUGCUUUGAUUUUUUAAAUAUACUAAAAAGAUGAAAAGUGUAUGUUAUAAUUAGUACAAUCUGAAGGUAUCAGAGGUCCAUUGGAGUUGUUGAAUUUGAUGGCUAUUGUAUUUAAAACUAGUACUGUGGGGUUUAUUUAUUAAACUCCAAACUGUGGCAAAUUAAAAUAUGAAAAUAUGUAGGCAACAAAAUGUAGGCAACAAUAACGUACUUUGAAAAAUUAAUCAACUCAACUCUUGGCUAUUUUUUGCUAAGUAUUGUCAUCCAGACUUCAGUUCGGCUAGAUAUACCACUGUAUGAUAAUAUCUUUCCCUGUUAUAGCCUAGAGAUGUUGGCUUAUUAUUGCAUCCAUUUUAUUCUAUCACUUACCAAUGAUAUGGAGAUUUUAUCUUUAUUAUGAGCCUUGUGUACUUGAGAAAAUUCAGUACUGCUGAAAAAAAUAACACACACCAACAAGUAAAUUAGUUAAAACGUGCUUGAUAAAUUUUUAAUAACAAAAUAAAGUCUGUCAUUUUAUUUUUAGGCUCACUGGAGAAGGAUCAGAUUCAGUUAAGAUCUGUAAGUAAGAUGAUAUUUAUAGGACUAAAAUAGUUCACACUAAUGUUGAAAAUGCAGUAUGUGUUUAAAUUCAUUGAAUAUUAAAUCUUUGACUUUAUUUUUUGUUAGCUGUUGUAACUUCAACUUGUGGAGGAACAUACAGUAGCGGUGGAUCCAUAGGAGGUGGUGGCUCAUACUGUACUGGAGGAUCAAUUGGAGGUGGCACCUACCUUGAUGGUGGGAUAUGCAGCAGCACAGGUGGAACCAAGUUAAGCAGUGGAAGUGGUUUCAGUACUUCAGCUGGUCACACAUCCAGAGGCAAUUAUAGUUGCUCUGGGCUCGAUACACCUCUGGAAGCAGCUCAUGUUCCUAAACGAAAAAUUCAUUUUCAAAAAUGAUGUAAAAGCUGACCGAAGAAUUAAUGGUUAACAACAGAUUUUGUUUUAUAUUGACAGCUUCAAUACAUAGUAGUGAUGAUCUUGUCUUUUUUAAUAAAUGCAUAUUGAGAUUCUAAAUUGAAAAUCCACAGUAGAGUACAAUUUUCAGACACACAGGGGUAGUCACUAUAGUGACAAUUUAAAGUGAAUUUCAAAUUUAAAAGCAAAGUAGCUGAGCUGGAAGGUGUUUUGACCUUAAAUUUGAAAUUGAAAUGUGAAAUUCACAAUGAAUUCUCACUUUAGUGAAAAACCCCUUAAUUUUGUGGAAUCAUCUCAAAGCUGUGUUUUUUUUAUUCUACCAGGAUUAAAAUCCCCAAUAUAAUUAAAACAAAUUGAGGAGUUUUGCACAUGUAAGAUGAUUAAACAUGUUUUAAAGUAUAUGCAUGUUUUUUUAUGAAUGUUUUAAAUGGUAGAUAAAUGUUUAAUGUAAACAUGUGUUUGAGAUAUAUAAUACAAGUGAUUGCGGAAGCUGUCAGUAUAUGAGCAGUAAUCUAGGCUAGCCAUAGUUAUUCAUAUGUUAAACUCUAUGUUUAAGGUUGAGUGGGUACUUUUAACUUUUCCUCAAAACUCUAUUUCCUGAUACUAGUAGAUAUAAUUAGCAGAAACAUACUAUCAAGCAUACUAAUGUAGAUAGAAAAUUGGUCCAUUAAACCAAAAGGUAUAUGCAUAACUUAUACAAGGAUUAUAUAUACUCAAUAUAUAACUAUAUAUACAUUGAUACUUUAAGGGUUUAACACUAAAUAGUGUCCCUUAUCCCUCAAAAUGCUAAACUACGUGCUUGCAAAAAUAUAUAGUGUCAUAUUCUUACAAAAUAUGUAUUACUGCUUUCUAAUUUCCAGGUUCUGUUGUUUUGUGUUCCUUCAGUUUGGUCAAUAAACUGCAAUGUAUGCAUUUGCUUCACAA